GCCAGGGUGUAAAUUAAAAAUAAAACAUAAACACGAAAAAAUGUAAUAAUUCUUGUAAUUAAGAAUAACAGCUGUGCACAGAAAUGGAUAUUGCCCAUAUUGAGCUUAGCGUGGAGGCGCUUAUAGGUUCCCUUGUGGCGCUGGGCGUGUUCUUUUUCCUAUGUCGCAGCAUUCUAGCCGAAGAUAUUGUAAUUUGCAUAUCGGGCAAAACACGUCACAGUUGGAAAUCAAUAAAGAUACUCGAACAGGCCUGCUUCUGCAAUGUGUGUGAGAUUCUGUUGACUCCCUCCGCCGGACUCUUCUGCGACUGUUGUGGGCUGUGCACCCACUCUGCGCCGGCGUGUCAGCGCCAGGCAGACGCCGCUUAUCACUGCAAAGAUAAGUGGCUGCGCAAUGUGGAUGAAGUGCGUCAUUUGUGGGUACGCGGUAAUUUGCCAAUGAGCUACAGUUGCGCCGAGUGCGGCCAGGAAACAGAACCGGAUCAUCCGCAGGAUACGAGUAGUGCAGGACCCGGUCUAUAUGGCUGGCGAUGUGCUUGGUGUCAGCGCUGCUAUCACGACAACUGCUACCAGAAGGUGGACACCAAGGCUGCCUGUGACUUUGGCGAGUUUCGUGACAUGAUCUAUCCACCUUACUGCAUUGUGGCGGCCCGAACCCGUGAAUCCGUGCGUCUGCACCUGGCGGGCAUUAAGCCGCCCAAUAUUGACAACUGGGAGCCACUGAUUGUUAUUGCCAAUACCAAAUCUGGCAGCAGUACAGGCUCGAGUGUCCUGUCGCUGCUGCGUGGCUAUCUGCAUCCAAUGCAGGUCAUGGAACUGGGCACACGAGGGCCACAGGAUGCCCUGCAGUGGGCGGCCAAGACAAGUCCACGUCCGUGUCGCAUACUGGUGGCGGGAGGCGAUGGCACCAUAGGCUGGGUACUCAACACCAUCUAUACACUGAACAUCAAACCUCAACCGUCGGUGGCAAUAAUGCCGCUGGGCACGGGCAACGAUUUGUCCCGGAUUCUUGGCUGGGGCGCUGAGCCGCCCUCAACGCUGGAUCCGCUGCAGAUACUGAGGAGCAUUCGACGUGCCCGUUCUGUGAAUCUCGAUCGAUAUGAUCUGCAAAUUGAGAAGCUGCAUUAUCGCCUGCCCAUACAAAGACAUCCCAUCAAGACCAUCCAUGUGUAUAACUAUUUCAGCGUGGGCGUGGAUGCCUAUAUUACCUACAACUUCCACAAGACACGGGAAUCGAGAUUCUAUCUGCUCAGCAGUCGCAUAUUUAACAAGCUGUUGUACUUUACAUUUGGUACGCAACAGGUCAUGCAGCCGGACUGCGAACGCAUUGAGCAGAAACUAAUCCUGCAUCUGGAUAAUAAGCUAGUCGAGCUGCCGGAACUGCAAUCCCUGGUCUUUCUCAACAUUGACUCGUGGGGCGCCGGUUGCAAAUUGUGCGAGCUGAGCAACUCCAAUGGCGAGGGUCGCAUUAUCAAUUCCAUUUCCGAUGGCAUGAUGGAGGUCUUUGGCAUUGUCUCAUCCUUUCACAUUGCCCAGCUGCAGUGCAACAUAAGCAAACCCGUGCGCAUUGGACAGGCCAAACAAAUAAGGCUGCAAGUGAAUGCCACGGUGCCCAUGCAGGCGGAUGGCGAGCCCUGGAUGCAGACUCCGGCAGAUAUACGGCUGCAGUCCCGAAGCCAAGCACGUGUGCUGAAACUCGAGCCAACUUUAACCACCCAACAGGAACAACAGCAGCAGUAGUAACAGCUACUAAACUAGUCCUAAUUUAUAGAAUUGAAUCUUGUACUUAACUCUCGCUAGUGUAAUAACUAUUCCGUUAUCCUUCUGUCCUAUACGAAUUUACCUUUAAGUUUGAAAAUCUUACUAUAUAUUAGAUUGUAAGUAGCAAAGAUCCAAAAAUCUCAUUAUACCAUAUACCAUUGGCUAUAAAGCAGCUAACUAAAUAAAACCCCCCCUAAUAUCAGGGAUGCCACAGAUAUUGAAACCAACCAAAAAUCUUCAAAAAAUUGAGUUUUGGGAGAUUAUCUAUUGGUUUUAAUUUCUGUGAUACUCCAGUAUAUAUGAUUAGGGUGUAUAGAUUUUUUUCA